AUGGCCGAAAUCGAGGAGUCGGUACGGUCUAUUGUGGACAUGGCUGAUCCCCUUAUGGCUGAACCCCCCGACGGGGAGAGCGACAUGCUGCAGUCGGCCAUCGAUGAGGUGGAGUCGGCGGCCAAGGAGUGCGAGAAGCGGAUCGCACCAGCUCGCGCCCGCUUCACGAAGCUUCAACAGGCUGCGAAGAACCUCCCCUUGGAUGUCCGCGCGCAGCCGCUGGCCGACACCGUGGCGCUGCACAAUCGACUCUCUGAGGCCAUGAAGAAGAUCCUCCCCUUGCGGACCUUCCGCAAGGAUUUCCAGGAGCGGCUGGCGGCCAAAAGGUCCCUGGACGCCUUCAGCAAGAAGGUGUCAGAGGCGGAGCUGGAGGUGGAGAAGGUUGCGAUGAUGCACACCCUGGCCGAGAACGUUCAGAUGUGCGAGGAGGAGAUAACUUCCUCCGAGUCCGUUCUGCGCCCUGCUAUCCUGUCGCUGGCGCAGCUCCUGCGCACGGUGGAGCAGAG